GGUGGCGGCAGCAGUGGAGACGUGGGGUUGUGGGCGGCCACAGCCGCUGAGCUGGUGGCCACGAUGCUGCUGGUGGCUCUGAGCUGCCUGCUGCCGUGCGCCGCCACCGACGGCGGCGCCUCGCCGGUACACGCCGCUCUCGCCGCUGGCCUCACCGUCACGCUGCUCGUGCAGUGCUUCGACCACCUGUCGGGCGCGAUGAUGAACCCGACGGUGACGCUGGCGGCGGUGGUGCGCGGGCGCAUCACGCGCGUGGCGGGCGUCACAUACACGGUGGCGCAGCUGGCCGGCGCCGCCGCCGCGCCCGCACUCACCGCCCUGCUGGCGCACCCCGCCGCCGGCCCCAACCUCACCGCCGCCGCCGAUCUGUGCAUCACGCGUCCCGCCGGGGGCCUGCCUAUAUACAAGGUCACAUACACGGUGGCGCAGCUGGCCGGCGCCGCCGCCGCGCCCGCACUCACCGCCCUGCUGGCGCACCCCGCCGCCGGCCCCAACCUCACCGCCGCCGCCGAUCUGUGCAUCACGCGUCCCGCCGGGGGCCUGCCUAUAUACAAGGUCACAUACACGGUGGCGCAGCUGGCCGGCGCCGCCGCCGCGCCCGCACUCACCGCCCUGCUGGCGCACCCCGCCGCCGGCCCCAACCUCACCGCCGCCGCCGAUCUGUGCAUCACGCGUCCCGCCGGGGGCCUGCCUAUAUACAAGGUCACAUACACGGUGGCGCAGCUGGCCGGCGCCGCCGCCGCGCCCGCACUCACCGCCCUGCUGGCGCACCCCGCCGCCGGCCCCAACCUCACCGCCGCCGCCGAUCUGUGCAUCACGCGUCCCGCCGGGGGCCUGCCUAUAUACAAGGUCACAUACACGGUGGCGCAGCUGGCCGGCGCCGCCGCCGCGCCCGCACUCACCGCCCUGCUGGCGCACCCCGCCGCCGGCCCCAACCUCACCGCCGCCGCCGAUCUGUGCAUCACGCGUCCCGCCGGGGGCCUGCCUAUAUACAAGGUCACAUACACGGUGGCGCAGCUGGCCGGCGCCGCCGCCGCGCCCGCACUCACCGCCCUGCUGGCGCACCCCGCCGCCGGCCCCAACCUCACCGCCGCCGCCGAUCUGUGCAUCACGCGUCCCGCCGGGGGCCUGCCUAUAUACAAGGUCACAUACACGGUGGCGCAGCUGGCCGGCGCCGCCGCCGCGCCCGCACUCACCGCCCUGCUGGCGCACCCCGCCGCCGGCCCCAACCUCACCGCCGCCGCCGAUCUGUGCAUCACGCGUCCCGCCGGGGGCCUGCCUAUAUACAAGGUAGGCGGUGGGCGUGGAAGCAUUGCUGGGCGGGUGUCUGGCGCUGGCUAACUGCGCGUCGUGGGACCCGCGCAACCGGCUGCUCGUCGGCUCCUGGCCCCUGCGCAUCGGGACCAUCGUCGCCGGCCUCACGCUCUCCGCGGGCGGACUAACGGGCGCGAGCAUCAACCCGGCGCGCAGCUUCGGGCCCGCGUUGUGGGCGGCAGACUUCACGCACCACUGGGU